GUGCGUGUCCGUGUCCGGGUGUGUCUCUCUGCUCUGUAACACCAGAGUCACGUGACCAAGGCAGACAAACAGUCUUCAAGUGCGCGUGUAUUUCUUUCGCAGACUCUAUCAGUCGUUGCUGAGCGGUAAGAGGAGCAGGAGCAGGAGCAGGAGCAGGAGCGCAGGCCACAGUCCAGCAACACAACCAGAGCAACACCAGCAGAGAUGGCAAACCAGCUGCAGCAGCUCGUAGCAGAGAAGAAGGCCAUGGUGGAGACGGUGAUGGAGGUGUUUGAACAGGGAGCCGAGGUGGUGGCCAGUAUAGCCGGAGACCUCUUCCCCAUUUUCGCCAUAGCUGCGCCUAUUGUUAAACUGGCGCUGGACAACGUGGAGAGCAAAGAAGCCGCGUUCAUGAAGGAGCAGUUUCAGAAAGUGCGUGAGCGUCUGGAGCUGGUGUCCGAGGAAAUCCAGAAGAUCAAUGAGGAGAUUAAGAAGAGUGGAAUGGAUACUUCUUAUUUCCCAGUGGAGGAGAACAUCACCAACCAGUUCAGGAAGUACAUGGCCAUCCUUAACGCCAGGCCCAAGUUUAGAGAAGUCAAGAAGAAGGAUUUCCUUACUCAUUUUGCCAAAACAGGUGGUGACAAAAACCUCAACACGCUGUAUAAUGUUGUGGUCGGAAACGGCUUCUCCGGGGAAUCUGUGCUGGAGAUCACGCUGAACUAUGAGGAGAAAAGUCGCAGGCCGGUGGAGGACUUCUGUGCCCGACUUAAGAAGCUGUUCUGCAUUGGACUCAUUGCCCUGCUGGGCCAUGCUGCUCUGAAGGGAUAUGAUGAGGAGGAGGCUCUUCUCAAAGACUGGGGUGAGAAGAUGAACACUGUCCAGUCUAAAAUAAGUGCUGUGAUUGAAGACUGCAUUGUCAGCUUCCCUAAACAAGCAGAGCAAGAUUCCCGACGCCUGGUCAGAGACCAGCCAGGUGUAACCAGCCAGCAGCUAGCCGACGCUAUCAAAGAGAAGCUCAACAAGAAGUACGACUGGGUGGGCUGGUCCGUGCGUGUGUUCAGGUCUCCUUCAGGCUUGUUUGCUAAAAAGAAGGAUUUCCAUUGCCCAACGGGGAAGAGUCGCUUCCAGGUCCCCACAUCUGAUGAGAAACUGAAUGUGUGGGUGUCCUACAGCUCCUCGCCGGAGCCUGUGGACAAGACUCGCGUCCAGCAGCUGAUCCAGAGUCAGAAGAAGCUCACGGUGGUGGGUGUGGCAGAGGAUCUGUUUCAGAAGUUGCCCGGCGGCUGCAUGGUCCACGUGGUCAAAACCAGCGUAGACCCGUGCUGCUCCUGCACCUUCAGUGAUGAGCUGCACUACUGGGAGAAGCACAACAACCUCUAUGUCUGUGUUCACUCUGCUUGAUGUUUUUUUAGACACUCAAAAAAGAUCAGUCUAUGUUUGUAUGUUUGCACAGAUAAUCUCAGAAUCUAUUCCCGCCUCUCCGCUCUGCCUUAGCAUCAAAUAUUACACACUAUGUGCCUUAGUUACGUCUCCCUGUAUUAUUCUCUUUUAUUCUAAGAAUGUAUAUUAUCUCCACCAGUAAGUUACUUCAGUUGUUUUCGUUUAGUCUCAGGCUGUUUGUGGUGCAGCGCAGACAACACAGACAGCACAGACAACACAGACAGUAUGGAAUACAACCACACUCUGUCACUGGCUGCUGUACAACACCAACAAAGCACACACAAUGAAAGUGUAUCAUUGAAACCAGAGGUGAAGGGACGUCUUAACCUGUGAAGCUUCAACUUUAUUCACCCAAUAUUUUAUAGUGCCUUUGUCUUUAUAUGGACAUAAAUCUAAAAAUUGAGAUUUUGGGUGAUUUCUUUUUUUGUGACUAAUCUGCCAAUGAACACUGACACAUGUCAUGUAGACACCUUGUUAUUAUUGUUCUUUUACACCACUGUAAUCUGACUUCCUUCUUUGUUUGUAUAUUCUUUAUAUCGUCUUAUUCGUUUAAUUGAUUUCUUUGAACAUUUUAUUAUCUUAGCAAACCAACAAGUACUUAUUGUGUACUUUCUGUGCUUCUUACUGUUCAAACCUGGAAUGUCAGAUUUCUACAACAGUUGAUGUAAUAAGUCGUCCAAAUAAACCGCGUUUGUUUAUA